AUGAUCAAAAGAAAACGUUUCUUUUUCGUUUUACUCUUCUCCGUCGUGUCGAGCCUCUUUUUACUUGUACAAUACUUUAAAAGAGAUGAUCUUUCGUCGCCGAUCUCAUCCCACAAUUUACUCUUCGACUUCUUGAAUAGCUCGACUUUUAUCCAACCUACGCCGAAGAGGGAUGUUUCGUAUGCUUUUGUGGCGUUGUUGAAAAAUCGAGAUAACAUUGCUGAGUACGAAUUUGCUCAAAAAACAGUGAAAUGCUAUUGUGAAUCGAGGAAAAUCCCUUAUUAUUUGCUUGUGAACGAUGAAGAGAAUGUGAAAGGAUGUGCAAUGGAAGAUUAUAUGUAUCAACGGCAUUGUAUCCUUGCAAACUUCAUGAACACGACAGAGCACGAAUGGUUUGUGAUGCUGGAUGCGGAUAUGGGAGUGAUCAACCCGGACACUUCAAUCGACAAAUUCAUCCCGUUAAUGAGUCGAUCUUUCUGGUGC